AUGAAGUUAAUUUUUUCCUUUGUUUUUUUUUCUUUCUUUCCAUGCAGAGAUAUUUUAAAGAAUCUAAAGCGUCACAAGGAUGAAGAUCUUCUUAAAGGUCAAGCAGUGAAGAACCAAAAGGCUCUUUGGGACAAGACUCUUGAGUUCCGAUUCUUGCUUCAGAAAGCAUUCUCAAGUUCAAAUAGAUUACCACAGGAGCCAGUUAGGUCUUUAUUUUGUGAUUCACAUGAGGGUGUCAAAGCAGCAUAUUCGGAUCUAUUUAACUCAUCAAAGAGAACUUUGGAUUCUCUAGUGGAACUAGAAGAGGCUUUACUUGAAAAGAACCCAUCCAUUGUUCAAGCAACAGAUAGUAUGUAUAAACUACAUUCAUCUUACUUUUGUAUUUAUUUUGUAAUGCAAAUUGGCCCUCUACAUUGGUGUGGAUAAACUACCAUUUUCUGU